UCAUGCAAAGAAAUCUCGUAAGAGUUUUGAAAGCAAUACUUCAGCCUCUGCUCAUGCUAUUGCUACAGUUGAAAUAAUAAAAAACACUCCAAAUAAUAUUGGUACAAGAAUCCCAAUUAAUAUUGGAAUAAAUACUUCAGAUGAAGAAGACGACACAGUAGAAGAG